AUCAAGAAGAAGAAGUAAAAAGUUUCCUCAUUUCUUUCUUUAUAUAUAUUUUUAUAGAGAAAACGAGAUAAAAACGACAAUCGUGCUUCCUUUUGUGAUUUUUUGUUGCCUUAGUGAGAUAUAAAAAAAAGGAUAAAAAAUAAAGAUGACUCUUGUACAACCAUCUGGUGAUAUGAGCGCAAAAAUUCGUGAAGAAUUGCGAGAACCCGACACUCCGGAAGCAAUUGAACGAGAUGUUGCCGCUAUCAAAGAGUGGUUGACGAAGCAGCCUCAUUUGCCGAAAGAUAUGGAUGAUGCCCGUCUCCGUACUUUCCUCCGUGGUUGCAAAUUCAGCUUGGAAAAGGUCAAGAAGAAGCUCGACAUGUACUACACAAUGCGAAAUGCUAUUCCCGAGUUUUUCGCGAAUCGCGACGUGAAUCGUGCCGAAGCAGCGGCAAUUUUGGAUGUCGUUCACAUGCCUCCGUUGCCCGGAUUGACGCCAAAUGGGCGUCGUGUGUGCAUCUUGCGCGGCUUGGAGAAGGAAAUUAAGACGCCCGACGUUGCGGAAGCCAUGAAAAUCGCUCUGAUGAUUGGCGACAUUCGUUUGUACGAGGAACAAGUUGGUGUCGCGGGCGAUGUGUACAUUUUGGAUGCCAGCGUUGCAACACCCACGCAUUUUGCGAAAUUCACCCCGGCUCUCGUGAAAAAGUUUUUGAUUUGUGUUCAAGAAGCCUAUCCGGUCAAAUUGAAAGAGGUUCAUGUCAUCAAUGUGUCGCCACUUGUUGAUACCAUUGUCAAUUUUGUCAAGCCAUUCUUGAAGGAGAAGAUUCGUGAACGUAUUCAUUUGCACUCGAGCAUGGACAGUUUAUACAAAUUUGUACCAAAGGACAUGUUACCUGUUGAAUAUGGCGGGCAAGCUGGCAAUAUUAAGGAUUUGAACGAACAAUGGCGCCAAAAAUUGAAGGACUACACCCCAUGGUUCAAAGAACAAGAAGCUUCCAAGGCUGACGAAUCAUUGAGACCAGGCGGUUCUCGCUCCGCUGACGACUUAUUCGGCAUGGAUGGCACUUUCCGCAAAUUGACCAUUGACUAAAGAAGAUAUUCCAAGCGCACACAGAAACAGGUUGAAGAUUGAUUGAUUAGAAAAAUGCUCAAAUUCUUACACACACACGUCUAUUUUUUGAUACUUUUAGUGACUAGUUUAUGGUUUACAUGUUUCCUCUCUAUUAUUUUUAUAUCGUAAUCGAUAAAAAUUUAAUAA